AGCCGCUUUCAGCGUGGUACAUCCCGCUCGGAUUUCUUCGCGGCGGAACCUUGACCGGCAUGAUGCCCUUUGCUGGAUUCGAGCCAGGCAUGAAAGAGUCAGUUCCCCUCAGGCAGUGGCUGGAGGCGAACCUCCUCCUGCCGGAGGCUUCCACAGACUCCACAGGAACAUGCACCCCCGACGAGACCAGCGAGAGGAAGCAUCUCGAUGAGGAGCAAAGGGCCGUCUUCCGCAAGCAGUUUAAGAAGACCCAGCUCUGUCGCUUCUACAAGGGCUCCGGCUGCCACCUGGGGGAGCGGUGCCAAUUUGCCCAUGGCCGCGAGGAGCUCCAGAAGGCGCCGGACCUGCGCCACACCUCCAUCUGCCCUCGG